UUUUUCACCUCUUGCGGUCACACUGUUACGAACAAUUGAUACAAUUGGACAAAGAUUUACACAAAUCUUUUUAAGCAGGAAACAUGAAUUAAUUAACAGAUUAAUUAGCACAAAUUGUAACAAAGUUCAGCCACCGUUCAACAUAGAAUCCAUUGCCGCAUUAAACAAUGGCUGUUUUAGGAGCCCAAUUGGUUAUCACGCUGGUGAUGGUCAGCGUCAUUCAGAAGCUAAGUCCACAUUAUUCUUUCGCCAAAUGGAUAUUAUGCCGCACUGGGCUCGUUCGCUAUCUGCAUCCCACGGAUGACGAGCUGCGCACUAAAGGUGGCGUGCCCAAGGAUCGACCCGCCAAGGGAAAACAUAAGCAGAAUGGCAUUAGUAAUGGCGCAGGAUCGCAGCAAUUCCAUGUGCCCCGGAGCAUAGAAGUGGAGCUGGAGACGUCGCCAGUGCUGGAACGCGAUGUGAUUCAUUUGCGUUACUUUACCGAAUACCAAUGGCUAGUGGAUUUCAGCGUCUAUGCCGGAAUCGUUUAUGUGUGCUCGGAAGUCUUUCACUAUUUCUAUCCGUUGAAGCAGGAAAUCAAUUUGAGCAUGGUGUGGUGUCUGCUAGUCAUAUUCUUUGCAUUGAAAUUGCUGUCUUCCCUAACUGUGUUGUACUUCCAAAGUGAAGAAUCAAUUGGCGAGCGUUCCAUGGUGAUAGUCGCCUGUCUGGUUUAUUUAUUGAUUGCCAUGAUUGUACUCAUCAUCGAUGAACGUAUUCUGGAAACGGGCUUAGAAGAUGCCUACACCAGCUUCAAUGCAAGCGCCUCCAAGUUCCUAACCGAACAGGGUCUGCCCUCAUCCGGACCCGCCUCGAAAAUUGUUGUCAAGUUCUUUUUGGCUUUGAGUUGCGGUCUCUUGGGCUCGCUGUUUACGUUUCCUGGUCUGCGAAUGGCCAAAAUGCAUUGGGAUUCCCUUAAAUACUGUCGCGGCAAUCGCAUAUUGCAGGUGCUAUUGAAUCUCAGCUUUAUACUGCCCUUCAUCUUAGUCAUAUUGUGGAUUCGACCAAUUAGUCGUGACUAUUUGACGGUGCGCGUUUUCGAGGGCAUGCAACAGCCACUAUUGAAGCCCCAUGUUUUCGAAACUUUGCGUCUGUUGCUGGUUGUGUUUGUGGUGAUUGUGCGAUUCGCAUUGAUGCCCAUCUAUCUGCAGUCGUACCUGAAUUUGGCCUAUGACAAGAUACUCGAUUUGCGCAAGGAAGCUGGUCGAAUCACCAAUGUCGAAUUUCAAAAGAAGAUAUCCUCAAUCUUCUACUAUCUUUGUGUGGUAACCUUGCAGUUUGCUGCCCCGCUCAUCUUGUGCCUCUAUUUGACGCUGAUGUACAAGAGUCUCGGUGGAUUCAGUUGGGCCGGCAUAUUUAAGGAGAGUGUCGUCUUGCAGCACGAAUGCGCUGCCGAUUCGGAUGUGGCGGCUGCGUUGCCAAGUGCCGCCGAAGCUCUAGAAGCCAAUGUCGAACAGGAAUUCAAUAUUUUAGAGUCGGCACAAUCUUUGCAGGCUUCAUUUACUAGUCUAAAAAAAUGUAAGAACUUGAGAAUUCAAUACUUUUACAAUCUUAUAUUAUUUUACAAUACUUUUAGGUGUUCUCUACGGAAGUGUAUAAGGGAUUUCUGGGUUUUGCCACCUGGUGGAGUUACUUUACUCUCUUUGCCACUUCAUCGCUGGGCAUCGUCUAUCAGUCGUAUUUCAAUAAGACCUAAUUGAAGCCAUUAAAAGUCAAAUUCACACCAAAGGCACCACCCAUAUACAUAUAGUACUAAAUUAAUCUAGAAUUCAUGUUUCUCCUGAACUCGUUGAUAUUGUUUUUGAUAGUCAAACCAUAGCUCUGUUGAUCUAAUUGGUUUUUUCUACGUACGCUGUACUAUUUGUAAAUAAUAAUAAUUUAUAUAUGAACAUUUGUUUACUAAGUUUUUAGUAAACAUAUUUUUAAUCACUCACAAGUAAAAUCUUCAAAUUUA